GCUUGUUAUAUUGUUUCUCCAGCAACUCCAGAAGGACCUCCCAAGUUCCUGUACCAACCACCUCGAUCCAACUUCGAUAUUUACUCUCUUGACGAGUUUCCUUAGUGAAAUGGAAGAAUGAUUUCAACAUUAAUGAUGGAAUUUUUGUUGUUGUUGUAGUGCUUCUUCCCCCAGAAUUUGAUAGCCAACAUUCAGACCCCAAUGUUUCUUCUCAAUGCAGCCUAUGAUGCUUGGCAGGUUCAAGCUAGUUUAGCUCCACCAACUGCUGAUCCUCAUGGCGACUGGGAUGACUGCAAGAAGAACCACGCCGAGUGUAAUGCGACACAGAUCAAUUUCUUUCAAGACUUCAGGAACCAGAUGCUGAAUGCAGUAAAGGGUUUCUCCACGUCCAAACGAAAUGGGUUGUUCUUAAAUUCUUGCUUUGCACACUGCCAGACUGAAAGGCAGGAUACCUGGUUCGCCGACGACUCUCCUGUCGUCGAUUGA